CGUGCCUUUCCCCGAUUCGGCGCUCCGAUUAGCCGGCUCUCUGUAUUCCACGCGGAAUUCCAUCUGAAACGAUGAGGCUCCAGCGGAUGCUGCUCAUCGUCGGCUAUCUGAUGCGCUAUCACAUCGCCCGUUCAAUAGCCGCACCUAUGAGAGCGACAAGUCAGGCUUUAUUGGAUGAAAAUGAUAUUACGUUUCGGGAUGACAGCGAUGAUGACGUCACGACAGAGGACCCAUUUCUCAAAAAGUGCAUCGUAGAUGGGAAUUCCUAUUUUCACAGUCAAACGAUACCGUCGUAUGACUCGAAUUCACAUUGCCUGUGCGUCGUCGGUGAAGUUUAUUGUUGGUGGCAAGAUUAUAAUUCGAACAUCGUCUCGUCGCUUGGCUCUUCUCCGCGAUCGACCACAGUGGAAAGCAAUUACACUUCAUCUCUGGAAAUGAGGACGGACAUUAUGGAAGAUUUUGAGGCUUCCGGAAAUUUUGACUCGUCAGUCAGCCAGCAAGGACACAUAGAAAUUAACACCACUUUGUCAGUCACAACGUCUUCUGUACCGACCAUUUGCCUUGUGAUGGGGAGAGAGUAUCGACAGGGUGAGAUACUACCACAUUCAACCGGGAACUGCGUCGAAUGCAGCUGCGGAUCCGAAGGCCGCAUCGAAUGCUCGCCAAAAGACUGUGUGGCACUACGACCUGAGAUAUUAGUUGCACAUGAUAAAUCCGAGGUACCCGACGGCGAUUUCGAAGUUUUUAACUUAGUGCGGAAUUGGGAUAUCGACGAAAAUUUCUAA